AGGGGGGGCCGUUUGGAACUGGUGUACAGACCCGCUUCGCUUGCAACGCACGGAUGCGUACGCUCGGAAUUAUUAGUAAUAGCUGAGCUUAUACGAUCAAUACAUCGAAUUGCUUGAGGUGAUGGGGGCGGCAGCAUGCAAGCGUUACAUUUGAUUGAGAAUACACUUUGCCAUAUGCUGUGUCGUUUUAAAGCAACCUACGGCAGCCCGGUUGUCCUGUCCCAGGCGUGUGAUGCUUGCAGCGGCAUGGAUAUACCUAAUUACAGCCAAAAAGAGGAUUUUUACCCUUCUUCCUCCCACAUUUAAUUGCCACGUUUAUAUGCUGAUCCAGUCAAAGUAAAAAUAAGUAUUUACAUUUAUUUAUUUAUUUAUUUUUUAAAGAGCUUGGUUCUCAUUUUGCAUUUUUUCCAACAAGAAACCUACCUGGUAGAGGCACUCAAUUUUGGGCUCGACUGGUUUGGGUAACAAGGGCGCCAUCACAGACUCGAUCCCCCCACCAUCAUCUGAAACUCUGCAGGACCCCCCCACCUCCCUCCUCCCCCCUUCCUCCUCUCUCGCUCAGUCCAGAUCGGAAUAUUUUCCCGCCUGGUCCUGCUGCCGGUGCCGGUCCAUUCCAAGCUCAUCCCCAUUCCACUGGAACUGGGUGGCGUGUACCGCAGAUCCACGUAACUCUUUUUUUUUUAAUGUUUGGCAUUUUUCGCAGGCGAGCAUUGUGACUUCUGACAGAGACUCGGACUGCAGCAGCCUCCCGAAAGCCCCUCUCACAUGGAAAUCUCCCAAAACGGGGACCGGGGCCCUGCUGGUUUUUCCUGCAACGCGAACAAAUUCUAUUCACUCGAGAAAAUGCAAAACAAAAACAGCAGAUGAACUAUGAAUGCUGAACAAAAUGAUCUCCCUCCACCGCCAGACAAUGAGAAGUCGUAGGCUGAAGGGGGCACUGUCCAACCCCCUUUUUGUGGUCCUCUUGGCCCUUCAUAUCUUGGUGGUGGCCGGGCUAGUUCGUGCACAGACCUGUCCCUCCGUCUGCUCGUGCAGUAACCAGUUCAGCAAAGUCAUAUGCACCCGUCGCAGUCUACGGGACGUGCCAGAUGGCAUCUCCACCAACACCCGUUACCUAAACCUUCAAGACAACCUCAUUCAGGUUAUCAAGGUGGACAGUUUUAAGCACCUGCGCCAUCUGGAGAUUCUGCAGCUGAGCAAGAAUCACAUCCGCAGCAUUGAGAUAGGCGCCUUCAAUGGACUUGCGAGCCUGAACACACUGGAGCUCUUUGAUAAUCGACUCACGACAAUCCCUAAUGGAGCAUUUGAGUAUUUGUCCAAGCUAAAGGAAUUGUGGCUUCGGAACAACCCUAUUGAAAGUAUACCAUCUUAUGCCUUCAACCGGGUCCCCUCUCUCCGAAGGCUGGAUCUUGGUGAGCUUAAACGUCUCUCCUACAUUUCAGAUGGAGCUUUCAAAGACUUGAGCAAUCUACGCUAUUUGAAUCUGGGAAUGUGCAACCUCAAGGAGAUCCCUAACAUCUUACCACUAGUAAGACUUGAGGAACUGGAAAUGUCUGGAAAUCAGCUGUCUGUUGUCAAGCCAAGCGCAUUUACAGGACUAGUGAACCUCCAGAAGCUAUGGAUGAUGCAUGCUCAGAUUCAAACCAUUGAGAGAAAUUCCUUUGAUGACUUGCAGUCAUUAGUAGAGCUUAACCUUGCUCACAACAACCUAACCUUUCUACCACAUGACCUCUUCACACCACUUCAUCGCAUGGAACGAGUCCACCUUCAUCACAAUCCUUGGAAUUGCAACUGUGAUAUCUUGUGGCUGAGUUGGUGGCUAAAGGAGUCUGUACCUGCCAAUACGAGUUGCUGUGCCCGUUGCCACACUCCGACACUGUUUAAAGGACGCUACAUAGGGGAAUUGGACCAUAGCUAUUUCCAGUGUGACAUUCCUGUCAUAGUGGAGCCACCCACUGACUUAAAUGUGACUGAGGGCAUGGGUGCAGAGCUUAAAUGCCGUACAAGCUCCUUGACAUCCAUCAGCUGGUUUACGCCAAACGGCUCCCUGGUGACACACGGGGCUUAUAAGGUGCGUCUAUCUGUACUCAAUGACGGGACGCUUAACUUUACCAGCGUCACAAUGCAAGACACUGGGACGUACACUUGUAUGGUCAGCAACACAGCGGGCAAUAUCUCCGCCUCUGCUGUGCUCAACGUCACUUCUGUGGAAAACAGUGGGGUGACGUAUUUUACAACAGUCACAGUGGAGACCAUUGAGACCCCAGGUGAUGACAGCCACACACCACUUCCCCCGUUCGGUUGGGUGUCAUCCUCGACAACAAAAAGCACGCCCGUUUCAACAAGGACAACAGAGAGGACUUAUACCAUUCCAGUUCUAGACCUGGAUGGAGAAAGAGCCCUCAACGGUCUGGAUGAGGUGAUGAAAACCACCAAGAUUAUCAUUGGCUGCUUUGUGGCUAUCACGCUUAUGGCUGCUGUUCUGCUUGUUAUUUUCUAUAAAAUGAGAAAGCAGCAUAACCAACAGGAUCCUGAUGGCCCAGCCUCCUCUAUGGAGGUCAUUACUGUUGAAGAAGAGCUUGCAGGUGUUGCUGCUAUUGACAGACACCUAUCGCUGCCCCCACUGGAGCACUACAACCACUACAACACCUACAAGAGCACUUACCAUCACCCCUCCAUGCUCAGUACCAUACACAGCUCUACCACACAGGAACAUUUACUGAUUCAAGCCUGUUCAAAAGACAAUGUACAAGAGACCCAAAUCUGAGGUUGCAUUCAACAUCAUUUUCAACAUGAGCAUUUUUGGGUACACAAAGGACACCACAAAGAGGAUCAAAUACAUCCUUAUGACAUUAAGGUGGCACAGUUAAUGUCAAUAACAGUGCUAAAUCCACAUUUGGAAAAGGGACCACUGAUUAUACUUUAUUAAUUGUCUUUAAAAAACAAAGAUUAUUUAUUGAAAAAGUAUGUCUAGUGACUAAUGAAAAAAAAACAAAUUGUGAUAGCUCUUUAGCUUGUUUUCUUUCUCUAUCUGUAAAGCUGCACAAGGAAAAGAAUGGUUUACUAAAUGUGAAUAUGGAAUGUUGGCCUUAGACUGAAGUGAAUACAAGGUCAUUGAAUUUAACGUUUGCUCUCAGAUGAUGUUUUGGUUUUUGUGAAGGGAAUUGUUUUCAUUUUUAUAAGCAUUUAUUUGCUUGUUGCUCUGAGUCCACAUUAGGAAACAUCGGUGUGGUUUCCAACAUAAAAUGUGUUAAUUUUUAUAAUCAUGCCGUUACAGCUGCCAUUCAGCAGAGUCUUUUGAUGGAAAAACUCUUGAUGAUAUCACAGGGAAACCAGUGUGUCUGAGGAGGAAAGCAGCCAAAUUAGUAUGUGCAUUCCCCCUGAGGCUUUUUAAAGCAGCCAUAUAUCAUUCAUUGUAAUUAAGAUAAAGUUCUUGCUCCCACUCCUCCCUCCAACUAUUAUUUACACUUCAAUUCUUUAUUAGUUCUUUUGUUGCAUUCGUUUUCUCAUUUCUGUCUCGCCCCCUUUCUACUCCCUCCCCGUUCCCUGUUUCUCAGUGUCCUCAUGCUUGUCCUUCUUUGAUUGUCUCUGCUGCUUAAUUCAGGGACAUUUCUCAGCCCUUGCCAUGUCUCAUUUGUCUCGCUUUAGCCGUCGGCGUGUGCCGCACGACGGCAGAAUAUUGCUUGAGAAAAUGAAGGGGAGCAUAAGGCUGCAGUCAGUACCCUCUCUGUUAACCCAGUUAUGAUGUACGUCCAUGCAGUGUCGUGUUACCUCGCCAUCACCCCGGGGUCACACAAGCUCAUGUGCUGAUAGUCCAUCUGUUGGUACAGAUAAAGAGGCAAAUGAGGCAGCUUUGUAAUGUAGUGUGACCCUGUCGGACCAAUGCAGACAGGGCUAACGUACUCAGUGAAGCAGCGAGAGACCUGGCACAAAAAUAGGGAGAUGGGUUACGUCUCAUUAAACUGCAUCAGCACUUCAUUUGCAGACCCACAGUGGAAAGCUGAUAACCAAACAGCAUUAGAGUUUUUCUCUCGCCAUGUGCCGAGCAUGUAACAGGGGUAGAGGACUUUGAUAUGGAAGCGACCCCUGCUCAGAGUCAUUGUUUUUAUACAAAAAAAAGAGACUCACUUUGAUGUUGCAUCAUUUAUAGUCCAUCAGAAGAUUGUCUCAGUAGUUUGUUUUUCUAUUCAGUCUUUCAGAGGAAAAAAAGUAAGACCAGUAGGUGUGUGGAGGAAGGAUAGACCCACAAGGGUCAUGAGGGGUCUUCAAACAGAAAUAUGGAAGAUAUGAAGGAAGAGGAAUGAAAAAUAGAUAAGGCAUAAGGAGGCAAAACUAGCCAUCAGACAGUCGCCAUGGAAACGGUGACCUUGUGUGGAAAGUAAGAUGAGGUGGAUAUGCCUUUCACUCGUCUGCACUGGUCUCUGUGCAACAAGCUUAUCUGAAUUUCCCAGUGAAGAUUAAACAGACGCCAGUGAUUAUUGCCAAAUAAUGUAAGGGGUGAUUACAGAUGGAAUCAUGGAACAUAUGACAUCAUCGUUGCAGAGCACUGUGGAGCUUCAUGCUGUUGAAAUUAAAUAAAUUACUUCAUGAUUUGAAAAUGUGAGCAGUUUAUCUUUCCAUUCCUCCUCGCCUCAUUAAUUUUAAAUUCAGUAAGGACCGCUACCAUAUCUUAUAGGAGCAAUGUAAUAAAGGCCCGUCGCUCACCAACUCAUAUGCGUCUGAUCAGUUAGUCACCCACAUUUUUUCCUCCAUCACUUCUCAAUAACACACAUUUGAUGGAACCUAAAUAAACAUUACAAGACCAAUGUGUGGGUACAAACUGCAGAAAUGGAUUAGAAAUAUCAGCCUUUCUGCUGGUGUUAUGAAUGAUGUGGGCAUCAUGAAUAAUGUGAAGUGUGAACCAUUCUUUCCCUUUCCACUGUUUUCUGUUUCAGUACUAAAUUUAUUUAACUGUUUUUGGUGGCUUAAUGAUUCAGUGUUGAUUCUGGCUAUAAUAAAAAAAAAAGGUUGGGAUUUUAUAUACCUAUAUAUUUGGGAAUGAGAGUUUUUUCAGAGUGAAUGGAAAUGCUCUGCUAUGGAAGUAUGUACAUGAGAAAACUGUCCCUAUACAUGGGGCUAUUUUGGGAUGAAAUUAAGACUGAAGUGCAGAAUUUUGGACAUGACAUACUGAUAGAGUAAGCUUGAUUUUUGUGCAGAACCCAAGCCAAGGUGAUCAAAACCUUGUGAGUUAUUCUGCCAACUGUCCAUGUAUGGGGAGGGGUUACUGUAUGUGGGAAUAUUCUCUCAUUUUUGGAGAGGAUAACCAUCAAAUGGUUCAAUUUCUACAAAAAAAUAUUUUCAAAAACAAAUUGCAAAAAAUAUUAAGCUCAGACUUUUACAUGUGCUUCAAUUGUUUAAAAAAUGCAAAAGAAAAACAAGGGAAAAAAAGAACAGCAAGAGACUGUGCUUGUCCAGCUAAUUUUUCUGAGGAUGAUGUCCAUUUAUUGAUACCUGAGAUUGUAGUUCAUACUGUACAUGAAUAUGAAUAAAAUGCAUUUUUUCCCAAAAGAGUUCAUGAAACAUGUUAUUCAUUAUGAUGUUGUCACUAUUUUGUUCCAUUUCCAGAUGAACACAUGGGUAUAAAUAUUCAAACAAAAUGAAAUACUGAGCAGCUUGUAUCAGAAUUAAGGGGAAUACUUUGAACAGACAUGCCAUAGC